AUGGAUCACGACACAGAGGCAGAUGGCGAUGAUGCACUUCUUGCAAGGGUCAGCCGUGCGUUCGCGCCGUAUCUGCUACCGCCGAACGAUCUGAACAACGUCCGGCAAUCACUACGUGGCUACAUCGCCGCACAAAUCAACGCAACGCAAAAUCCCGGGCAGGGCCUCGAGGGACUACGAGCGGAAUAUGUUAAAGCUGUACGAGCCCACCGCGCUGCGAAAAGUCGGUAUGAUUCUAGCAUCGCUCGAGAUCGCGAGCGCGUCACCACAAGUGCUUCAAAUACCGCAGAGUCAAUAGCACGCGCCGAUCCCAGUUCCGCAGUCCUCCUCGGCCAACAUAUCGAACUGUCAAGACUGCAAGAACAGCACGCCAGACUUGUCACGCUGCAGGAUGAACUGAAUGCUCUCGCACGCACGAAUCGGCGGUUCACCACGCUUGACAUUCGCUCGAAAACGACCUCCGAAGCUGUUUCCGCGUAUCCGGACACGGAGCGUGAAGUAGCACGAUUGAAUGAUGCACUGACACGAUCUGUCAAGGGGCUCGAGAGAGCCGUUGUGGACGCCCACCAGCAUGCGACCCGAGAACGAAGUCUGCUACAGGAUGUCAAGACGCAGAGGCGGUCUGAUUAUGACGGUGUCACUCCUCAACAAAAGCUCCAUGCACUUUUGGUGACGCGUAGGGAACUGACUGCGUGGUUGGAAGAGAGUCUGGAGAAGUGCCAGGGUAGCAGUUACGAGGCGAGAGGUCAGCAGGAGCAAACACACGACAUACGGAACGAAACAGCCUCUGGAGAGCCAGGACAGCUGCUUGACGAGCAAUACGAGCAGUAUCUCGAAGCACGCAGGCGAGUACUGGCUGUCGUCAGCUCUUUGAAGUCUCCUCUCCCAGAACUACCACAGGAGAGUCCAGACAGCAGUGCAGUCCAGAUGACGCGACGCUCGGCGGAGAUUAGAUGGGCCGAGGAGAUCAAGUCUGUGAAUCUGAUCGAAACGAUUCUUCUCCCGGCGUUGCAGCAGCAAUCCGCUUCUCGCGCCCUUCUCACCUUUGCGACGGAACGGCAGGCGGAUGAGCUCCAGUCGACUAUGAACAUGCUCGACAGGCUCAGUGACGAAAGUCAGAUUCUGCUAGCUUUCCCUCUCCUUGCACGAUCAGGACGCUUCGAACACGCAGCGUCGGCCUUUGGGAAGAAACACGCGGUCGAGGAUGAACCAAAAGAUGAAGUGCUGAGGCGAUUAGAGCCAUGGCUGUUUGCGGCAGAAGCAGCUGAGACAGCUGCGUCUGGUACGAUCGAAGCACAUGUGAAACGAGGGAAAGAAUCGAUGGAACGCUUUGCUCAAAGCCAUGCUGAGUUACACCUUCUGCGAGAAUGGAAUGGCUGA